GGUAGCCGACUCAUGUAUCUCGUUUUCGAUAGUAAUUUGACAGAGAAAACCUGGCCCACAUCAUAAUAUCUCUAAGAGACAACCACUAUCUGACGUAAUCAGAUCCCCUCAAUUUCCGGCCACUUGUCAGAAAAUAUUUUGAUUAACAUCUAAUUAAAUAAAAAAUAUUAUUAGUAUACUACUAAAAUAGUAGUACUAAUAUCUCUGCUCAACUAAUUCCUCUGCAUUAAAUAAAUUUAUUUUUAAUUAUUAUCUGCUUUCCACCGGAAAUUCCUAUGAUCAUCUUCUUUCUGCUAACUUGCUAACUUCUGAAGUAUUAUUACAUAAAAUGCUUCUAUUUUGACCAUUUCUGCUUCUUCUUUUUUAUUUUAUUUUUUUGUUUUUUUAUUCCCUCCAGUAAUACAGUAAGGUUUCGUUUGUUUUUUUGUGAUUUUCCCUCGAAUCAUCAAAUCUGCCAUUUGGUAAGAGAAUACGUUUUGUUUAAGCUGCAGGCAUGAGAGGAAUUCUCAGUGCCUCGCCGAAUUCCGCUGAACCCAGGCACAGAGUAUCAUCGUUGAAUGAUGACACGUACAGAAGAAGAUUUUUUCGGCAUAAAUCUUCGAAAGAUGGGGAUAAGGUCCUUUACAGUCCUAAACAAGAAUGGACUUUAAACUGCAGAAUUACAUUUUUAAAGCUGGUAUUCGGUGUUCUGAUACUAGGAGUUUUUUUGACACUCUUACACUCUCCAUCUCUUUAUGACACUGAUUAUGCAACGAGCUCCAAUUCUCGAAUCAGUGCAAGUUUGCUCAGUAGAUGGAGAAGAGAUGUAGAAAUAGAAGAUGGACGCUACACUUCACUUUCAGCUAUAAAAUGGGAUGAUGUUUUCAAAGUUGUUAAUGUUCUAACUGAUAGGCAUGACUAUCAUGGAAUAGGAUUGCUUAAUUUCCAUGAGAGUGAGAUUGAUCAGUGGAAAUUAUUGUUUCCUGAUGCUGAACAUGUUGUUCUAAACCUUGAGAGUGUUGCGGGUGAUGUCACUUGGGAGACAUUGUAUCCUGAAUGGAUAGAUGAAGAAGAAGAAUUUGAGACUCCCACAUGUCAUGCUUUGCCAAAACUUCAGUUUUCUGGUAAACCGCGCCUUAAUUUGAUGGCAGUGAAGCUUCCCUGCAACAAAUCAGGGGACUGGGCAAGAGAUGUGGCUCGCUUGCAUUUACAGCUUGCUUCUGCUGGCCUUGCUGCAACUUCGAAAGGAUCCCAUGAUAUGCAUAUUCUUCUGCUGACUGAAUGCUUCCCCAUACCAAAUCUCUUUACUUGCAAAGAGCUAAUUUUGCGUGAAGGAAAUGCAUGGCUGUUUAAACCCAAUCUGAAUACAUUGAGGGAAAAGCUUAACCUUCCGGUUGGAUCGUGUGAACUUUCAGUUCCUCUUAAGACUAAAGAGCUCUGGAGUUCCCCAAAUGCACCUCGUGAAGCAUAUGCAACAAUCCUUCACUCUGCAAAUGUUUAUGUUUGUGGUGCCAUUGCUGUAGCUCAGAGCAUUCGGAUGUCAGGUUCAACUAGGGACCUUGUUAUUCUUGUUGAUGAGACAGUGAGUGAGUAUCACAGGGAAGGCCUGGAAGCUGCUGGGUGGAAGAUCAGAACAAUUGAAAGGAUUAGAAACCCAAAAGCUGAACGAGAUGCUUAUAAUGAGUGGAACUACAGCAAAUUCCGGCUCUGGCAGUUGACAGAUUACGAUAAGAUCAUUUUCAUUGAUGCUGAUUUAUUGAUACUCAGGAACAUUGAUCUCCUGUUUCAAAUGCCUGAGAUAACUGCUAUAGGGAACAAUGGUACAUUGUUUAAUUCUGGUGUGAUGGUGGUAGAACCCUCAAAUUGCACAUUCCAGCUGCUGAUGGAUCACAUAAAUGAGAUUGAGUCAUACAAUGGCGGAGACCAGGGCUACCUGAAUGAAAUCUUCACAUGGUGGCACCGGAUCCCUAAGCAAAUGAACUUCCUGAAACACUUUUGGAUGGGUGAUGAGGAUGAGAUCAAAGAAAAGAAAAUACGUCUCUUUGGAGCUGAUCCUCCAGUUCUCUAUGUCAUUCAUUACCUAGGUUUGAAACCGUGGAUAUGUUUCAGGGACUACGACUGCAACUGGAACGUAGACAUUUUGCAAGAGUUCGCAAGCGAUGUGGCACACAAGACAUGGUGGAAGAUCCACGAUGCAAUGCCUGAGAAUCUACACAAGUAUUGCUUGCUCCGUUCUAAGCAGAAGGCAGCACUCGAGUGGGAUCGCCAGCAAGCCGAGAAAGCUAACUACUCAGAUGGUCAUUGGAAGAUUAAGAUUCAAGACCCUCGGCUGAACAUAUGCUACGAGAACUUCUGUUUCUGGGAGAGUAUGUUAUGGCAUUGGGGUGACAAGAAUUGGACUGAUAAUGCCAAUGCAACAACAUCUACACAACAACCUGCAAAUCUGACGGCUUCACUUUCUUCUUUGUAGGCCGUUGUUUUCCAGCUUUAGCAUCAAGUUACCACAACUGUAAAUGGCAUGAGUUCAGAUUUUGAAAGAGUACAAGGAUUUCAAUUACUUCUGAUACUUUCUCAUUAGUAUCUUCAUCUUGCAGCACAGUUAUGAUAUCUGCAACUCUUUGGUUAAGGCAACAGUAUUCUUCCCCAUUGUUUGAUCUUAAUUAUUAUUUUUAAAAUUUAUAGCUAACGGAGAUCAUUUUUUGACUGAAAUGUUUCAAAAUCAUAAGGACAAUGAAUGAUUCAAUGCGAUUGCAAAGAAAGUGACAUGGAAUGAAGUUUCCGCCCUUAAAUUAGGGGACAAAUUCUUUAAAAGUGUAAUUACUAACUUGAACCAACUUUAUUCCAAGAGAAAUA